AUGAACGUGUCAGUUGCAAUCGUUGGUGCCGGAGUUUCUGGGUUGAAAGCUGCCCAUACCCUCCUCAACCAUCCCAAGUCUCCAUUUGCACCAAACCAUAUCGUGGUACUCGAGGCCCAAAAUCGCAUUGGCGGACGCAUCCUCACCGAUAGAGCCCAGUCCAAGAUCGGAUACUCCUAUGACCUCGGGGCAGCGUGGUUCCACGACUCGUUGACCAACCCUGUGCUCCAGGAGGCCAUUCGCGACGACGAUACCUCGUUGUUUGACUACCGCCACCACUGUUACUACGACGACAAGGAAGCCAGGGUGUACGUAUCGGAGCUUGAGGGUGCUGUAGAUAUGGUGGGCUUGAAGGUCGACAAGGUGCUUGAAGACCUCCACAAGUACAUCGAGCUCCACUUUAUGGACCUGUUGAACAUCAAGGACGUGUCGUUGAAGCAGAUAGUGGCCCAGUUCUUCGAGGUCCAUGGCCACAUGGUCUCCGACACCCAGAAGGACUACGCUGCCAGGACAAUGCCGUACCUCGAGUCGUGGUUCGGGAUUCCCUGGGACUUGGUCAGUGGCAAGUAUUCAAUGAUGGACCAUCAGGGAAGGAACCUUUUGAACACCAAAGGGUACGACUUUAUUGUCGAAAAGUUAGCCAGGGGCAUUCCCAACGACAGGACCUUGCUUGGACACCAGGUGGUGGCCAUCGACCGUGACAACAAGAACGGCCCCCAUAAGGUGAGUCUCCUUAUGAAAAAUGGCGAUCGUGUCUACUGCAACCACCUCAUCGUUACCGUACCACAAAGUGUGUUGCAGCUCCCUGAUUCACACCCCUACGGCAUUGCCUGGAGCCCGCCACUUCCUCAAAACGUGAAAGAGGCCCUCCAGAGUAUCCACUUUGGUGCCUUGGGCAAAGUCAUUUUCGAGUUUGAAGAUGUCUGGUGGGACGAAUCCGAAGACAGAUUUGACAUCCUUCCCGACUCGGGUGCUGCUCCUGAGGUACCGUUGACAGCGUUGCCUCCGUCCUUCUCGUACUAUGCACAUGUGCUCAACUACAGUGCUUCCCACAAGAGCAACAACGGCUCCAGGGGCAGCAGCCUAGGAGUUCUCCUCCAGUCGCCACUCACAGAGUACUUGGAGGCUCAUCGCAAGGAGGCCUGGACUUACUUUGAGCCUAUGCUCUCCAAAUUGGUGGUCGAGGGCAAGAAGGUCAGUGCACCGAUCAAUACCAUCACCACUGACUGGACCCAGAAUCCCUAUAUCAGAGGCUCGUACUCGGCUCUCCACGUCGACGACGACCCGUCAGACUUGAUUAUCCAGCUUUCAGGCGAAUUCGAUGGGUGCGGUCUUCAUGAGAACUACAUUCGGUUUGCGGGAGAACACACCAUCCUGGAUGGGGCAGGAUGUGUCCAUGGAGCCUACGCAAGUGGGCUCCGCGAAGCAGAGUGGAUCAUCGAUUCGGUAGCUGGCUCAGUAUGA